AUGCCUUCCGCCGGCGAAACUACGGCCCUCGUGCGGUCCUUCUACGCCCAGCGUCGCGCCCGCCUGUCCCCCACCGACCUGCGCGCCAUCGCCCCAAUCUGCUCCGCACUCGAAGCGCACAACUCGAAGCGUGCCCUCCUCCUCGUCGACCAGCUCCUCAAGAAAUCCCCCGCAGACCCCUCGGCACUCGCGCUCAAGGCUCUCGCGCUCUCGGUGUCGUCCUCGGCCGCGCGCGUCGACGUCCUCAAGGUUGUCGACACGGCCAAGGCGGCCAACGGCGGCGCCGCGCUCGGCGACGCAGACGUCCUCAUGCUCCUCACGCACGUCCUGCGCUCGGUCGGUCAAGGCGAUGACGCGCUCGAGCUCCUCGCCGAGGCGGUCAAGAAGCACCCGGACAACGAGGACCUGUCGACCGAGGCGUUCCUGCAGCACGUCCGGGCCAACGACCGCAAAGGCGCUCAGCAGACCGCCCUCCGCAUGUCGAAGCACUUUGCCGACGACCGCUACUUCUGGUGGUCGAUCCUGAGCACCAUCCUCGCCGUUCGCGACCUCGCCAACCCGAACCCGGACGGGCCCCUCCUCCUCUCGAUCGCCGAACGCCAGCUCUCGACGCGAUACGCCUCGUCGUCGUCGUCGUCGUCGUCGUCGAGCACUGCAGGAGGCGAGGGCGGCAAGGACGUCGAGGGCGCGGGCUACAAGACGGCCGACGAGUUCCACCUCGUGACGCGCGUGCUCGAGCUGCGCGCGCAGUACAGCGCCGCGGCGGCGUCCUCCCCGACCUCUGCCUCCUCCUCACCACUCGUCCUGCCCUCCCUGCCUCGAUCCACCACCACCACCACCACCUCCUCCUCACCUGCCUCGACCCUCGUUGCCCACUUUUCCUCGCCCGAGGCCGACAAGUGGUGCGCGACCAACCUCGGCCUCGAGCUGUGGCGCCGCGAGGCGACGCUCGCAUACGGCGAUGCGGGCGCGUGGGAGCGCGAGGUUGCGAGGCUCGCCGGGGCGCUCGAGAAGGGCGACACCAACUGGCACACGAUGCUGUACCUCAUCCGCCUCUCGGUCGCGCUCGCGUCGAGCACCCGCACCUCCUCUUCUUCCGCCUCCCCAUCCUCGACCUCGCCCUCGUCCGCCCCGAGCUCCGACGCACCCGACCACCUCUCGCGCGCGCGCACCCUGUUCCGCCACCUCGCUACCGAGGGCCCAAAGGCCAAGGUCGAGCGCGGGUACCUCCUCGGCCUCGUCGAGCUUGCGCGCGAGGCGCACGCGCACGGCUGGUCCGACUAUGAGCCGCUCGGACCGCUCGUCGAGGAGUACGUCACGCGGUUCGGGACCAAGGCGUGCUGCUUUGACGACGUGCGGCCGUACCUCGAGGUGCUCGGCGACGAGGACGCUGCAGCGCUGAGGGACGUCCUGCGCGAGGUGGCUGGCGGCGCGGUCCAGACGAUCCCGGCGGCGACCAAGGUCAUCAACGCGCACAAGAUGCUGCGGUUCCUGUCGGGCGAGACGACGGCCGAGGGCGAGAAGGCGGCGGCCGACGAGUUUGUGCGGCGGUACUUUGAGGCGAUGCCGCUCGGCAAGGACCUCCCGACGACCGAGCUGCAGCCGGCCGACGACUUUGCGCUCCUCGCCGGGCAGGCGCUCGUCAGCGCGUUCCACCUAUCGCACGACCGCACGUACCUCGAGCGCGCCAUCGUCCUCGCCGAGCACGCCCUGCAGCACUCCAAGUACAAGUACCAGCUCCGGCUCCUCGCCAUCAACGUCCUGCGCCUCGUCGGCGCCCACUCGCUCGCCCUCGCCCACUACCGCACGUUUGGCGUCAAGAACAUCCAGCACGACACGCUGAGCCACGUCGUGCUCGCGCGCGCGGCGACGUUUGCCGUCGAGCAGGGCUCGGGGGGAGGCAAGGGGGGCGCGCAGGCGCAGGCGGGCGUGUGGGAGGACGCGCUCGCGACCGAGGCGUGGUACGUCGGUGGGACGCGCGAGGCGGGCGACAUGGUCGUCAAGGCGUUCUCGUACGGCGCGUACGUCAAGGUCGAGGACUUUGCGGCGUUCCGCGACAAGCUCGACGCGAGCCUCGAGGGCGCGCUCGUCACCCUCGAGGCGCUCCGGAUGCGCGUCGUGCGAGGCCAGCUCGACCCGGACGACGUCGACGAGGCGGUCGAGGACGUCGACAAGCUCGUCAAGACUGCUGCUGGCCAGUACUCGGACAAUCGCGACUUCAAGACGCUCCCGGACUACCAGCCCAAGGGCGGCAACACGAUCUGGCAGCAGACCGAGCUUGCUGUUCGUCAAGACGCCACCUGGCUACGAGCCGUCGCAGGUGCAUACGCUCGCUUCCUCUCGCCCUCGUCCGACAUCAUCGGCGUCGAGCCACCAUCGAGCCUCACUCGCUCUGAGACGGCUCUCGUCGCGUUCGCUCAAAACGCUCAAGCUGCGCUCGUCGCAUCACUCGACGAGGCGCCCAAGAAGGAGCAGGCGGCGGUGGCCUUCUUCAAGGAGCAAGGAGAGCUGUUUGCCACGGCGCUCGACGACUCGGCGACGCUGCCGUGGGAGCUCGUCCAGAUCGUCCAGGUCGCGUUUGAGGGCUUUGCGCUUCUUGAGCUCGGCAUCAAUCAGCGGCUGGACGAGCUCGCGUCGACCAAGGCGCCCGACCAGGCCAAGCACCAGAAGCGCCUGCGCGCGUUCCGCAAUCUGGCACGAGAGCCGCUCAAGGCGCUCUGCGUCAAGCUCACGGCGCACGGCAAAAAGGUCGGCAAGGAGCGCGCAAAGUUUGUCGCCGGCGUGCAGGACUUGACCCAGUUCGAGGCGCUCGACGAGAACCGCAUCACCAACGUUGCGCACGCCGUCACCGAGUCGAGGCGGAGCGCGAUCGAGGCUCUCGGGUUUGCCAUCCACCGGCGAACGGCCAAGUAGAGCGCGCGAGUGCAACAUAGAACGACGUGCCAGAGCU